UCGUUCUCACAUGAUCGCCUGGUGAUUCAUCCGACCAUUUUUUCUCUUCGACGAGAAGAGAGAGAAGGUACAACAAUGGCGAAAUCAAGCGCCGACGAUGGCGAUCUCCGGAGAGCUUGCGAGGCGGCGAUCGAAGGAACCAAGCAACAGAUCGUCAUGUCGAUUCGCGUCGCUAAGAGUCGCGGGAUCUGGGGAAAGUCCGGCAAAUUGGGCCGACAAAUGGCCAAGCCUAGGGUUCUCGCUCUUUCCAUCAAAUCAAAGGGCCAGCGGAAGAAAGCAUUUCUUCGUGUCAUGAAGUACUCAACCGGAGGAGUUCUUGAGCCUGCUAAAUUGUACAAGCUCAAGCAUCUUUCAAAGGUGGAAGUCGUAACGAAUGAUCCAAGUGGAUGCACUUUUACCCUGGGAUUUGAUAAUCUCAGGAGCCAGAGUGUCGCUCCUCCUCAGUGGACCAUGCGCAAUAUUGAUGACAGGAACCGACUUCUAAUUUGCAUAUUAAACAUAUGCAAGGAUGUGUUGGGUCGCCUUCCCAAAGUUGUUGGUAUCGAUGUUGUGGAGAUGGCCCUUUGGGCUAAGGAAAAUACUCCCACAGUCACCACUCAGACGACUACGCAGGAUGGGCUAGGGCCUGUUGCUGCUGCAGUGACAGAAACUGACUUGAAAGUUACUGUUGAGAAAGAACUUGUCUCUCAAGCUGAAGAAGAAGACAUGGAGGCCCUGUUGGGAACUUAUGUCAUGGGCAUUGGGGAAGCUGAGGCAUUUUCUGAAAGACUGAAGCGAGAGCUUCAUGCUCUUGAAGCAGCAAAUGUACAUGCAAUUUUGGAAAGCGAACCAUUAGUAGAUGAGGUAUUGCAAGGACUUGAGGCGGCAAGUAAUAUCGUUGAUGACAUGGAUGAAUGGUUAGGAAUCUUCAAUGUAAAACUUAGACACAUGAGGGAAGACAUUGAAUCGAUAGAAACGCGUAACAACAAGUUAGAGAUGCAGUCUGUAAACAAUAAAGUUCUCAUAGAGGAACUUGAUAAGCUUCUUGAGAGGCUGCGUAUUCCUUCUGAGUAUUCAGCAUCCCUCACGGGAGGCUCGUUCGACGAAGCACAUAUGCUACAAAACAUCGAAGCGUGCGAAUGGUUAGCUAAAGCUAUAAAGGCUCUCGAAGUGCCUAGCUUAGAUCCAAUCUAUGCAAAAAUGCGAGCUGUAAAAGAGAAACGAGCAGAACUAGAAAUAAUAAAAGCUACUUUUGUAAGGAGAGCUUCUGAGUUCUUGAGAAACUACUUUGCUAGUUUGGUAGAUUUCAUGAUCAGUGACAAAAGCUACUUUUCUCAGAGAGGGCAGCUAAAGAGACCUGAUCAUGCUGAUUUGCGGUAUAAAUGCAGAACAUAUGCUCGUCUUUUGCAACAUUUAAAGAGUCUUGAUAAGAACUGUUUGGCGCCUUUGAGAAAAGCAUACUGCAGCUCCCUGAACUUGCUCCUUCGCCGAGAGGCCCGUGAAUUUGCAAAUGAGCUUCGUGCAAGCACAAAAGUAUCGAGAAACCCUACUGUCUGGCUUGAAGGAUCUACAGGCUCCAAUCAGAAUGCAAACACCGAUACUUCUGCAGUUUCAGAUGCUUAUGCAAAAAUGCUGACAAUCUUUAUCCCACUUCUUGUAGAUGAGAGUUCGUUUUUUGCACACUUCAUGUGCUUUGAAGUACCAGCGCUUGUCCCACCAGGAGGUGCUGUCAAUGAUCAUAAGAAACAGUCCAAUGAUGACGAUGAGAAUGAUGAUGAUGAUUUGGGGAUCAUGGACAUUGAUGAGAAUGACAAAAAUUCUGGUAAAAACUCAGCAGACCUGUCAGCUUUGAAUGAAUCUCUUCAAGAUUUGCUUGAUGGAAUCCAGGAAGAUUUCUAUGCUGUUGUUGACUGGGCGUAUAAAAUAGAUCCUCUACGUUGCAUAUCAAUGCAUGGGAUAACUGAACGUUAUCUAUCUGGUCAGAAGGCUGAUGCAGCUGGCUUUGUUCGCCUUUUGCUUGGUGAUUUAGAGUCGAGGGUUUCUAUGCAAUUCAGCCGAUUCGUUGAUGAAGCUUGUCACCAAAUUGAAAGAAACGAACGCAAUGUAAGACAGAUGGGUGUCUUGUCAUAUAUUCCAAGAUUCGCAGCUCUUGCUACUCGUAUGGAACAGUACAUUCAAGGACAUUCCAGGGAUUUGGUUGAUCAGGCAUACACAAAAUUUGUAAGCAUAAUGUUUGUGACUCUGGAGAAAAUUGCACAGCAAGAUCCUAAAUAUGCCGAUAUUCUCCUUUUAGAAAAUUACGCUGCUUUUCAAAAUAGCCUGUAUGAUCUGGCUAAUGUUGUGCCCACUUUAGCAAAAUUCUAUCACCAGGCAAGUGAAGCUUACGAACAAGCAUGUACCCGUCACAUCAGCAUGAUAAUUUACUACCAAUUUGAAAGACUUUUCCAGUUUGCUAAAAAGAUAGAGGACUUUAUGUACACUAUUGCCCCGGAAGAGAUUCCAUUCCAGCUGGGUUUGUCAAAAAUGGAACUCCGAAAAGUACUAAAAUCGAGCCUUUCUGGGGUCGACAAAUCUAUCGGGGCGAUGUACAAGAAGCUGCAGAAGAAUUUAACAUCAGAGGAGUUGCUCCCCUCAUUGUGGGACAAAUGCAAGAAGGAAUUUCUGGACAAGUACGAGAGCUUCGUCCAGCUCGUGGCGAAAGUCUAUCCCAACGAAAACGUCCCUUCCGUCACGGAAAUGAGAGAACUUCUCGCAAACAUGUAAGAAAAAAGGAAAAGAGAGUGCAAGUUAUCGGUACGUUUAUACCCGGGAGGACCAUAUUACAUGUCUUCUGCCAAUUUCUUUACGCUUUUCUUCUUUCCUUCAAAACGUUUUCACCAAUUAGCUCGAUUCACCCUGUAGAUGCAUACGUCUUUGUGUUAGUCAUCAUGUUUAUUUGUGUUGCUUGCUUGAGAAACCCAAAAUAGUCGCGUUUUUUUAUCUGUA